GGAACAAUUGGGUUGACUUUGCCAAGGAGCCACCUCAGAGCGUGUCAGGUUACUUUGAGUGACAGCGUAACCAUGGCAAAUAAUUUGACUAAGGCUAUUGUCUUAUCCUCACCAUCCCCGGGUCAGGUAUCCGACCAAUCAGAGUUCAUAUAAUCGCCAGUCUUGCCAGCUUAGAAUAAUAUUAUUAAAACGAGCCAGCGAGUCUGGUCUGUGUGAGAAGUUUUUGUUGUAGCGGCAGGAAGGUGGAGGACGGUGGAAGGAGUAGCAAAUGUCUGUCUUUCGCUGCAACUUUAUGAGGAAUUGUCGCCUGGAGUUUGACAUGGCUGAAAAGGCUUGAGCCUCUCCUGCAGCACCGAGGUGGAUCUCGCUAAACAUCGAACAGCUGUAAGUUUCAGACUGCUCUUUUUGGACCGUUUUGGACAGUUUGUGGACUUCAUGCGUCUUGGUUUCAUGAGAGCCUGAGAGGAGAGACGGUGGAAGUGAGGCACGGUUGAAUCUGUCCCGGUCGUCGCCAUGUCCAUGCUGCCGACGUUUGGUUUUACGCAGGAGCAAGUGGCGUGCGUGUGCGAAGUCCUGCAGCAAGGGGGGAACAUCGAGCGGCUGGGGCGCUUCCUCUGGUCGCUGCCGGCGUGCGAGCACCUCCACAAGAACGAGAGCGUCCUCAAAGCGAAAGCGGUGGUCGCCUUCCACCGGGGCAACUUCCGCGAGCUCUACAAGAUCCUGGAGAGCCACCAGUUCUCGCCGCACAACCACCCGAAGCUGCAGCAGCUGUGGCUCAAGGCGCACUACAUCGAGGCGGAGAAGCUGCGCGGCCGCCCGCUCGGCGCGGUGGGGAAGUACCGCGUGCGCAGAAAGUUCCCCCUGCCCCGCUCCAUCUGGGACGGCGAGGAGACGAGCUACUGCUUCAAGGAGAAGAGCCGGAGCGUCCUCCGGGAGUGGUACACCCACAACCCGUACCCGUCCCCGCGGGAGAAACGCGAGCUGGCGGAGGCCACGGGACUCACGACCACACAGGUCAGCAACUGGUUCAAAAACCGACGGCAGAGAGACCGAGCAGCUGAGGCCAAGGAAAGGGAAAACAAUGAAAACUCCAACAACAACAAUCACAACCCACUAAGUUCUUCCAUGAACGGCAAUAAAACUCUUUUGGGGAGCUCGGACGACGAUAAAACACCGUCAGGGACCCCGGAUCACACGUCCCCGAGCCCGGCUCUACUCCUCGGCCCAAACCCGGGCUUAGCGUCCCUUCACGGCCUUGCGCCCCCGCCGGGACCCAGCGCAAUCCCAGUGCCCGGCGGCGCAGACUCAGUGCACCAUCACCACUCGGUGCACCAUGACACUAUACUGAACGCUAUGUCGUCUAAUCUAGUGGACUUGGGCUCUUAAAAAAACAGUUUUUUUUU